UGCUCCUUCUGUGCUUCCUGGACCAGACUGAGAAGGACUAGAGACACUGCAUAGGGGGGGGGGGAAAGGAGUGGUAUCUGGGAUUUGACUUUGGGAAGGGAUAAUUUAUUGAGCUAUUUAAUGCCUUUUAUUUGCCCCACGUGUGAUUAAGUUACCAGUAGAAGUCAGUUUCCAUGAGCAUCCGUUACAACAGGACGGCUUAGUGACUGCAUUGCACACAAUACACGAGAUGUGUAUUUCUUUGGGUGCACUCGCCUUUUUGCCUUGUAAGGUGCAUGAUCACUAUGAUAAUAUUCAUCUGUCUGUCAUACCUUCUUCGGGAUUUUAUGUAUUUUUAUUUCUUGAGGCCACAAAUACAGCAUAUUAAAUAUGGGCAGUAGAGGAAAUUCUUCAGAAUGUUAGGGACUGCGAUUUCUAUUUAUUUUUUUGCGUUUCUUUGUGCAGUUAUGUUCUGCCGUUACUUUCCAUUGCAGGACAGGGAUUCUAAAAACUUCAAACAGUGCAAUAUUUGCCCUUGUCAUAUCACUGUACCUCGUCUAAUAAUGAGCAUCACUUCUCUUGUUCUCUUGGUGUCUUUUGUAAAUCAAGAGAGGUCAUCUACAGGAGGUCCAAGGGAGCUGAAGUUCAAUGCCGCAAGUUGAUGGUAAACAAAAGUGUGUGUGUAUGUAUGUAUGCUUGUAUCGGUGUAUAUAUAUAUACGUAUGUAUAAAUAUAUAUUUAUAUGUAUAUAUAUAUAUGUAUAUGUAUUUUACACUGUUUACAAGGAUGGGGACGAAAGUGUUGUGCAUUUCAGUGGAGUAAUAAAAGUUUUAUCGUACCAAGUUCUGUUGCUGCAUUUUACAAGUAGGAAGUGAGUGUGAUGUUGCGUAGGAUUUGCUUUGCUCAAUAAAGCUCCUUAUUGAGUAGUAUGCCUCUCUGCAAUGACACUCUAGCCCAGCCAGAGUUGUAUGGUGGUUCACUGUUUCUCUGACAAUCCUAAUAGCAUAUCAAGCCCUGGUAUAUGGAGUUCUGACACGUUGGCCAAUCAGAAGAACCGUUGCAUCUGCAUGUUCUCUGCAGAGAACAAAACGGUUGCCAUGUUGCGGCUGUUACUGCCACGCUUCCCCCAGGAUCUUCAAGCCGCUGAGGCAGGGCUGCUUGCGCAAGGUGUUUCAGCGGCACAUCUAUUUUGCACAUGGGACGGGAAAUGGUUAUUUCAUGUUCCUGUUUUUUGAUCAGCGUCAAGUCUUCCUUGUGAUUGAUGCCCUGGUCCCUCACAUGCAUGGAGUCAAGAGCCCACCGUGCGUGGCCACACUGGAGAUGUCGGAGAACGAGGGCCGAGAGGACGAGGGGGACGGGGACUACGAGAGCCUGCCGCCUCAUGUCUCGUUGACGACCCACAUGACAGCGGGGGCCGUGGCGGGCGUGCUGGAGCACACGGUCAUGUACCCCGUGGACUCGGUCAAGACCAGGAUGCAGAGCCUGCAGCCAGAUCCCAAGGCCCAGUACAGUGGGGUCUACCAGGCCCUGAAGAGGAUCAUCCAGACUGAGGGGCUGUUCAGACCGCUGAGGGGGCUGAACAUCACCAUGCUCGGUGCCGGCCCCGCCCACGCCCUCUACUUCGCCUGUUACGAGCAGGCCAAGCACUCCCUGAGCCACACCUUCCAGAGCAAGGGCAACAGCCACUUGGCUAACGGUCUAGCAGGAAGCAUAGCAACUGUCCUCCACGACGCCAUCAUGAACCCUGCAGAAGUGGUGAAGCAGAGGAUGCAGAUGUACAACUCCCCGUACCGGGGCCUGUGGGACUGCGUGCGGACCAUGACGCGCGCCGAGGGCCCGGGGGCCUUCUACCGCAGCUACAGCACGCAGCUCACCAUGAACAUCCCCUUCCAGGCCGUGCACUUCAUCACCUACGAGCUGAUGCAGGAGCGGCUCAACCCCCAGCGCCAGUACAACCCGGGCAGCCACGUGGCGGCGGGCGCGCUGGCCGGCGCCGUGUCGGCCGCCAUCACCACGCCGCUGGACGUGUGCAAGACGCUGCUCAACACGCAGGAGAACACGGCGCUGGACUCCAUGCGCGUCAGCGGGCACCUGACGGGCAUGGCCAAUGCCUUCAGGACGGUGUACCGGCUGGGCGGUGCCGCGGCCUUCUUCAAAGGCGUGCAGGCCCGCGUCAUCUACCAGAUGCCGUCCACGGCCAUCGCCUGGUCGGUGUACGAGUUCUUCAAGUACUUCAUGACCCAGCAGCAGCUGGAGCGAGAGGCGUCCAAAGGCUCCCGCUAGCCGGAGGAAGCCGCCGCGAGGGAUGCCAAAGAACGGAGCGGGAGAAGCAGAGAGCGGCAAGCGUGACGGUGGGACGACGGGCGUGUCCGGUGUGACGGCGUGGAGCAACCUGAGUGACGGCGCCUUACCGGUUUUCCUGGGCCUUGUUGCAAAGGCCUUCCAGGAAAAGGAUUUGCAAUGUGACACUGCGUGGCACUACCUACUUCCUACACAACCUUCACUCUUUUUGUUUCUGUUCCCACCGAGCGCUCGUGAGUGGCCCUUCAGAGAGGAGCGUCAGGCGAGCAGGCAGCCAAGCGAGAGAGAAAGGCCUAUUCUUGUCUGUUUACCUCCUCCCUCCACAACGCUCACAGAAGUCACUUCUGCUCAUUGUGUGCAUUGAUUGUUUGCCUUCACUUGGGUGUUUAUAGUUCUAAUAUGGGAACUUUUUAUUUAUACUAUCAUUGCAUUCUUCUGGCGUUUGUAUUUAUGUGUGUGGAACAAACACAGGGCUCUCUGCUUGCAUUCCUUCUGAGUGUUUUUAUAACAAACUGCUUUUGGGGCAUUAUUUUAUUCUCUGUUCCCAAAGGCUCUUACAGGGCAUGUCAACAUUUUAUGUCUUUACAAUAUUUCCUACUGGUUCCUGUAGCUGUCAUUUGAACAUGGAGAUAAACUCUUCUAUUGGGCCCCUCCUGAUGCCACACGUGUCAGAUCUCAUAAUGAGGGGUCAGAUAUUGUUAGCGGUGGUCCUCUUGUUGUCAGGAUUAUGAAUAGCUGAAAAUUAUAUUUUCGUCUUUCUGAGAGCACCGCACGCACUCUCUCAGAAACAGAGCUGUAGACCGCAGCGGUCCUCAUAUCGCCUUGUUUUAGGUGCAGUACUGCAUUGUUCCAAUCACGCACAACGUGUGUGUGUGUGUGUGUGUGUGUGUGUGUGUGUGUGUGUGUGUGUGUGUGUGUGUGUGUGUGUGUGUGUGUGUGUGUGUGUGUGUGUGUGUGUGUGUGUGUGUGUGUGUGUGUGUGUGUGUGUGUGUGUGUCGAUAUGCAGGUCCAAGCCAUGGGUCCAAAGUGAAGUAUAUCUAUUGCCAUCCUCUCUUUCUAGGAUAACUAUUGUUCAUGGGUGAGACUUCUUACAUGCCACGCCCUUAUGCAUUCGUACCCUUUGUUUGGCAGUGUGCGUAUGGCUACGGUUGUGAUGUCACUAAAUCAGCCUUGCGUCCACUCCUGCAUUCAGCGGCACAGUCCUGUGCUCUCUUUGUAGGCAAGGCUCUACAAUUUACACUCCAUUCCCCUCCCAACACAACCCCCUCAAAAAGGUUAACCCCAUCGUAACAAUUAACGUGUAAAUUGUUAAGUGAUUUAAAGGGGCGUACCUUUUGUGAAGGAAGAUUCCUAAUCUCAUUCUGUCCAUGAUUUCCUCCGUGGUCCCCAUUUAGCCUCCUCUACGUCCUGAGUGUUUAGCUGACCGUGGUGGUCCGUAUGUCCCUCAGGCUUCAAUCCUCCUGGAGGGACGGAGAUUUUUUUUUUUUUCUCGGCACUCAAUGAUUAACGCACAAUGUAACAUAUGAGACUAGAAAUAUUAGGGUUAUAAUUACGUCAUUAAUGUUAUUUCAUACAAUCAAAUUCCUUGGUUUUUUUUAUACCCCUUAAUCACAGUCCCAGUCAACGUGCUGAACAGGCCUUAUUUUUAUGACACCACUCUGACACUAGCCCCCCAGCGCACACAAAACAUGUUCAUCUUGUGCCUACACAU